AAGCGGUCCCACAUACAACUCAGUCACAAAUUUCUAAUGAACCACUGCUACUAUGCAGAAACUGUCCUAGAAAACAACAUUUAUUUAUUUAUUUGGAGUGGAUAUUUAAGGCAAAUAAUAAUAACAAUAAGUAAAUCAAUAAGAACUGAGAUGGUGUUCUUUGUCAAAAGUCUGGUCCUGUAUUUCUUAGUGUUAAUACUCUGUUUUCUGUCCAUUAAUGCAUAGGGCAAGGAGUUGUUCAACUUUUCUUUUGCUGAAGGAGAAACAUAAAGCCAAGUAUCAAAGAACAAUGCAUUUUUUAACAAAGCAUUUCUUUAUUUCUUUAAGUUCAGUAGAAUUUUUUUGUUCCAGUUUUUUUUUACACAUAUCUUGCUUAAUAGACAAGUCUAAAUAUUCUUACAACAUCACAAUCCAGUCCAGCUGCUGCAAAUCUGCUGACCUUUGUUCCCUUCUUUGUGUUUCCACCUACUUAGUUUUAUUAGUGUUUGACUUAAACUGAAUUUAUUUAUCGAAUAAAGAUAGAUAUAAAAACAUAGAUAUACUGUGAACAGCAGGAACAUGCCCAUAUUGUAAUGCUUUUAGCCGUAGCUAAUUUGCAGCAUUUGUCCUUAGCUGGGUUUUUUUUCCCACAAUUACAAGUAUAAAUAAAAUGGGAAUAAAAUACCAGAAAUUAAAAAAAAUAAAUAAAAAAUAAAAAACAGUCAUUGUUAAAAUUACAUAACACAGUUACAAGUAUUUAUCAAAGUAAAGUCAAUUAAAACAAAUGAUGGCAAAGCCCCUUUGGUACAUAAUUUUGUCAAUAGGUGGCGCUAGUGUGCUAGAAUGCAACAUAAUUAAACCACAAAAGUCUUUUUUCCCCACAGCACAAACAAGUAAACAAUAAACUGAGUUUGUAAGCCAUAAACAGUCAGCCGGAAGCCGUGCUGUCACAAUAAAACCCCCUUUAAAAACCAGCUGAGGCUCGCGGCAGGGCUCGGUGGAGCUCGGCAGGAGUGGCGGUGUUUCCUGGAGGCAUCUGUCGGCACCACGGUCCGCUCCGCUCAGUCACCAGCGGCUGCUCCGCUCCCCUCUCUGUCGUUACGCCGGUCGUUUCCUGAAAAACACAGCUUGACACUCCUCCUCCUGAAAACAGCAGUCAAGGUGCAGACAAACAGCAGGAUGUUCGAGCCCGCGUGCGGGUCAGAACGUGACUGUUAGCAGGAAGAGAAGCCCGGAAUAGAUUUAUUUACUCGUUAAUACUUUUAAAAAGACUAGUAAGCGCACUUUAUUUUGAAACGAGGAAGAGGAUGCAGGAUUUAUUUUAAUCUUUUUAUUUUUAUUUUUUUUACUUGUGUGGACGGGAACAGCCACAGCCUCGCGUGCGUUCGUCCAAGAGAAGCAGCCUUUAUCGGAGGAUGUAAAACAGUGGGACAUGUCGUGAAGUGACUGGGCCGGUCCCGUGGAUUGCUUCUGGAGCCACCCCGACCCGUUAGCGCUCCGGUGGGCCGAGUUCAGCUGCAAGAGCUCCCAUUUCUGGUAAGUUCGGACCCAGUCUCCCCUCCCGUCCCACCAACGCCGUGUUUAUAUGCGGCUGGGUGGACUGUUGAGGCUCUGCGGCCCCCCCCCCGGGUAAAGUAGUUCGAGUCGGGUCCAGGAAGGACGCAAAGCGGGAAAAGUAAACGUACGUGCAGGACAUGGCAGCUGCCCUCAGCGGCCGAAACCCUGGUGGACGUGGGCCUAACAAAAGCAAGGGGCGCAUUUUAGGCAUCUUUGAUGCAAUCCAGGAUGCGGUGGGGCCGCCAAAGCAAGCUGCAGCUGAUCGGAAAACCGUGGAGAAAACCUGGAAGCUCAUGGAUAAAGUUGUUCGACUCUGCCAAAAUCCGCGCCUGCAGCUGAAAAACAGUCCACCCUACAUCCUUGACAUUUUACCCGAUGCUUACCAACACCUGCGCCUAAUACUGGGAAAAUAUGAGGAGAACCAGAGACUCACUCAGCUCAGCGAGAACGAGUAUUUUAAAAUCUACAUCGACGGCCUCAUGAGUAAAUCCAAACGGGCCAUCCGCCUUUUUAAGGAAGGAAAAGAGAGAAUGUAUGAGGAGCAGUCGCAGGACAGGAGGAACCUGACAAAGCUGUCACUGAUCUUCAGUCACAUGUUAGCUGAAAUUAAAGCCAUCUUUCCUGGAGGGCAGUUCCAAGGCGACACCUUCAGAAUCACCAAAGCUGAUGCUGCUGACUUCUGGAGAACAUAUUUUGGAGAAAAGACAGUAGUGCCAUGGAAAGUCUUCAGACAGUGCCUUCAUGAAGUGCAUCCCAUCAGCUCGGGCCUGGAGGCAAUGGCCCUGAAAUCCACUAUUGAUCUCACCUGCAAUGACUACAUUUCUGUCUUUGAGUUCGACAUCUUCACACGCCUCUUUCAGCCGUGGGGAUCAAUACUGAGGAACUGGAAUUUCCUGGCAGUGACACACCCAGGAUACAUGGCUUUCCUAACUUAUGAUGAAGUCAAGGCUCGACUGCAGAAGUUCAUCAGCAAGCCUGGCAGUUACAUCUUCAGACUGAGCUGCACACGUUUGGGUCAGUGGGCGAUUGGCUACGUGACCGGCGACGGCAACAUUCUGCAGACCAUCCCCCACAACAAACCACUGUUUCAAGCUCUGAUCGACGGCUUUCGAGAGGGCUUCUACUUGUUCCCUGACGGUCGCAGUUACAAUCCGGACCUGACGGAUUUAUGUGACCCGAUGCCUCAUGAUCACAUCAAAGUGACACAGGAGCAGUAUGAGCUGUACUGUGAAAUGGGAUCCACUUUCCAGCUCUGCAAGAUCUGCGCCGAGAAUGACAAAGAUAUCAAAAUCGAACCCUGCGGACAUCUGAUGUGUACGCUGUGUCUCACGGCUUGGCAGGAAUCAGAUGGCCAGGGUUGUCCCUUCUGCCGCUGUGAAAUCAAAGGGACGGCACCCAUUACGGUAGAUCCCUUCGACCCGCGAAAUGAGGGCGCCAAGUGCUUCUUUCUGGACCGACACAGCAGCCCAAUGCUAGACUUUGAUGAUGAAGAGGACAGAGAAGACUUUUUGGUCAUGAAUGGACUUGCCAACAUUAGAAAGCAUUGUUCAGAGCGUCAGAAUUCCCCUAUGGUGUCUCCAAGCUCUUCACCCGGCAGCCAACAUAGGAAAAUGCUCGGUGGUGAACCCAUUCACAGCAGCCAGCAUCUCAGCCUGCCUCCAGUGCCCCCAAGACGUGAGCUCAUCCAAAAAGGGGCUCUUCGCUCCCCUUCUGCCAGUCCCAUCGGCUCCCCAAAGUCUUCGCCAGGCAUGUCCAGGAAGCAGGACAAGCCACUCCCUGCCCCACCUCCACCCCACAGGGACCUACCCCCACCUCCACCCCCCGACCGUCCCCUUCCUAUCCUUCCCGAGGCACGCCACUCCUGGGUCCCUGGCUCUUUUUUGCUGUCCUCACCUCUCUCCUCUUCGACUGGAAAGCUGUCAGAUUCCUGCCUUCCUCCCGAGAGCCGAUGUGCCAAAGAUGCCAACAUGGCGGACGCCCACAGGGCCUUAGAACCAUUCCAGCUUGGACCUGCCAGGUUGUCUCAUAUAAACGGAAGACCGCUCAGUUGUCCACCUGAAAACUUUGGGAGACUAAAUCAUCGGCUGGAGGGGCCGGGAAAAUCAGAGUGUCCAAAGGUCUUUGCUAACGAUGUGCCAGUAGCUGAUAGCGAUGACAUGGUUCUCUCCCAGAACUCACCACCGCACUCAGUUUAUCUCAGCCAGAAACCCAUGGACAGCACUCCUCCAGAGGCCCUAAUGCAGCAGGAAAAGCCCAAAUCCCCCAUGUCCGGUCGACGAGCAGAACCAGCCGGACCGUCAGUUCCAGGGGGAGCGCAUGCAGGCCCGUGUCCCUUUCACAUAACCCACUCUGACUAUGACACUCUGCUUCCGCUUCACGAAAACUCCCUGAACAGCUGUCAGCAGUCUCAGCCUCCCCCUCCUCCUGCACGAAACAGUUUCAUUGACAUUUCCUCGUCUUCAUCGUCCUCGUCGUCAUGCAGCGCUGGAUCCUUCCUCUCACACUCGCUGUUAGCCUCUGACAAAGUGUGUGACUUCUCGAACAGCUCUGCCCCCCCGCCUCCUUCCAGACGGCCCACAGCAUUUAAAGUCUGUCCAGAUUACGACCUCCUCCCUCCUGUUGAAGCCCCGGCCCGGCCUCCUAAACCCCUCCCUAGAAAGAUCCCCUCUGACAUUCAGCCUGGAAAAGCUCACAGCCUGGAGUCGGACCACGAGGACGCAAAGAUCGCCAAGCUGAUGGGGGAGGGUUAUUCUUUCGACGACGUAAAGCGGGCACUGGUGAUCGCCGAUUACAAAGUCGACGUGGCCCGCAACAUCCUGAGAGAGUUUGCCUUAGUGAGCCCCAGACUGAACCUCUAGUCCUAACGGUUAAAUGGGGCGGAGGGGCUCCUCCAUGAAGCUGUGCCUGAUAAAAGGGCUUCUUUUCUCUGAGUGUUGGAGAAAUCAGAGCUUCACGGGAACAGAAGCGUUUUAAGAGAGAUUUGCCUUGCGUUGCCAAACAGAGAUGUCCAUGCACAAAGUGGCUGAAACCAAACGACUGAGGAGGAGUCAACAGUGGAUGUGAGGGAUUCAGACUUGGAAAGAAAAGAGGCUUUUUGUUUACAACAAGCUUUGCCAGUGCUGGCCUCUGGUUUUAAACACUCCUGUCAGACUCAGGACUGUGUUAAAAAAAAAAAAAAAAAUCGCCCUAAAUCUGCUACUGCUGCUAUGAAUUGUUUUACAUCCUGUCACCCCCCCUCACUGCUUUAGGGCCUCAGAAAUAAUUUACUUGAGUUUACAUUGAAAAUCCCUGGUUAACAUUUAUUUCCUAUGCAACCAGUAGGGGGAGCCACAGUUAGCCAUUUCUUGUAUCAUGCCAACUUUUUCAGUGUUGGACAAAUGUGUUGAUUGGACUGUACCAUUCCUCCUGAUGGGGAGGUUGUUUUCUGUUUUAAGCAGGAAAUUAUAGAAUUUUAAGAAAAAAAAAUGUGACUUUUAUCUGCCUUAAAGCAAGAAGGUUCGUGUGUGCAUGUUCUUGUGCCUGCAAUGGGUUCUCCACAUAUCCCACAAACAACAGAUUUCCAUUGAGAGAAAUGCUGGUCACCGGGUUGUGCGAGUGGUUACCUCUCUGCCCUGUCGACGCCAUUCCUCACGGAUGGCGCGUGUUGAGACCUGACAGACAGUUCACUCUGCAGCCUCAUCCUCCUGUCUCCACUUCAAUUACACAGCCACCAUAUGGUUAAAUGGUCGUCAUUCCACACAUGUUUGAGCUCUGACUCUUUGGAUUUGUUUGAUUUGAUUUGGGGGGAGUUAGGCGGCGCCGCCACUGAUAGAAUUAUGUAAAGGUGUAUCAUUUUACUAGAAAACAUUCAAACUCUGAAAUGUCAGCUACAACCGUGCAGUGCAGCAGAUGUUAAAACCUCCUUACCUCAGAGUCUGGAUCAGCUGUAUCUCCAACCCAGAUGACUGCAAAGUAUUUACUCCAAAACAAUUCAGUUUAAGCAGUUUUUUAAAUAUUUAUUUGAAAGUUUUAUAGUUGAUCUGUGCCAGUAGCUAAAGGGAUAUGUUGUUUUUCAGUGAUGUUUUGUCUAAAACGUAAUUAGUGAGACGUCAACCACGGAGGAGACGGUGGUCAGAGCUCUGACUCUUUAGUCGUUUUUAAUUUAUCAGUAUUGAAAUGUAGGAUUUUGUAAUAACGUACUCACCCAAGUCACAUUAAAAAUGACUUAUGGUUUUUUUGAGCUCUUGGUAGUAUUUUAAAGUCGUGGAUGACUCUGACCUGAUGUCCUUUUUUGAGAAAACAAUUCUUUUAAAUUAUGAUUCUAAUGAACCGGCAGUAAAACAAUGGCCUUCCGUCCCUGCAGAUGACUUCUUAAAGAGGUUUAUUCUCCUGAUGCUAGAGGUUACUAACCUUUUGUUUUAUUGUUUUUGUAGGAUUUUUAAAGGUCUGGUGCUGAAUCCCCCUGACUUCAAGUAUUAAGCAAACAGAUUAUUAGUUUGCAAACAUUUUCACUGCUGAUAAUCAGAAAAAUCUGACUGGAAAAUGUGUUUUUUGUACACCAGAGUAGAAUACUUUCAAUAAAAUUGUAUGUUUAUUUGACACGCCCAGGAAUUCAAACGUUUCUCCUAAUAAAACAAUCUUAGCAGGUUCUUUCCUGCCUAGUUUGACCCUGAAAUACUUGGAUUACAAUCUGGUUGCCAUAGAUACCUGUCAAACAAUAACAUGCAGUGUGCUCACUACAGUUUCUAUUGUUCCAUAAGAUGUGCAAUAGGAAUAAAAAUGAGGCUUUUUGAUACCGAUCAGUGUUUUUGUUCUGAAAUGCAUUUAUUUUUUUCUUUCAACUUUAAAAAGAUGACAUUUUUAUUCCACAAGGAAGAUGCUCAUGUAUUGCUCCAUCUGCACAUGUUUUCUUUGCUUUUUGGAAGGGGAGAACUCUGUUAAUAAACACCUUGCUGCCAGUGAAGAUUACCACAAGGCAGGCUUUCGCCUUUCACCUCUACACAAAUGUCUAAAAGAGGAUUUUAUCAUGUUUUUUAUGUUUUAUUUUUAAAUUCUUUUUUAUUUUUUGUAAAAAACAUGAAAUGGUCCUAAAUCCCCCUAAAGAAAUCACAAGUUUACCUUUUUAUUUAAGCACGAAAAAUAAUUGAUCAUUUUUGUGGCAAAGUUGAACAGAAAUCAAUUAUUUUCUGAUUUAUUUACAAUACCCCAAGCUGCCAGAAAUAAAAUAAAAACUGAAAAUGUAUGCUGGAUUUUUUUUAUUAUUUUUUUUACCAGAGAGCUCUGAAUUAUUCAUUCCAUUGGACCCUCUAGUGAAGGGGGCAAGUGGCCUUAAAGCUGUAACCUUUUAUUUGCUUUUAGUUUUGUACAAAUGUGUUCUUUUGGUUAAAAUGUGACAAUAUGUAAAAAGCAUAGAGCGAUUUUCAAGUAAUUUAUAUAAUUCUUUAUUCUCUUAUGUUAUUUACUAUAGAUGAAAAAAAAUCUCAACUCCAUAAUCUAUGUGUCUGAUAAUGUUGUCAGAUUUUUCCCUGACAGCUGAUGUGCUGAAUAAACUUGUUACUUUAUGCAA